GGCGUCCUUGCGGAACUGGAGCCUGCGCGUUGCUGAGAGCUGCCGGGAUGAGAGCACGUUUAUCUACGCACAAAGGAUUUCCUGCGCAAGUGUUGAUGUGGCUGUCUUGGUGGAGUGAUCUGGCAGCAAGAGUCCAAUGGCUUCAGUGGAGCUGCUUUACAUAGAUAAAGAGAGAGGACGAGACGAUCCACUGGAUGUCCCUGAUUGGGCCCAACCUGUUCAAGUUCAUGGGACAGAUGGCCCAGCUGAAGAAACGACCCCCAGCGAACAUGAAAGCAGUUCACAUGGGAAAGUGGUUAUUGCAGAGGGUCAGCAUCAUUCAGCACCAAAGAUGACCCAGAGCAAAGGACUGUCAGGCAAACACUUUCAUCAAGAGAAGGUCAGGGUGUGUUGUGACGAGGAGCUGGAGACCUCUUUCACUUACGUUGAUGAAAAUGUCAAUCUGAGACUGGGUACUCCAGACACAAGCGAGAAAAGCCUCCAUGAUGGGACACCUUGCCCCGACUCCCCAAACGAGAACCGCCUUGAAUUUUCCUUAAUGUCCGACCUGACAUCUGAGAGCUCAGGAAAGCCUGUAGAUUAUGGAUUUAUCAGUGCCGUCACCUUCCUAGUGACAGGAAUAACUUUAGUGAUCAUAUCUUAUUCUGUCCCUCGUGACUCAGGAGUAAACCCAGACACCAUCUCGGCACGAGAGAUGGAGAGACUCGAAAGUGAGAGUGCAAGGCUCGGGGCACACCUGGAUCGGUGUGUUAUUGCUGGGCUUUGCCUUCUCACGUUAGGUGGGGUAGUGCUUUCUACUCUGUUGAUGAUUUCAAUGUGGAAAGGGGAGAUGUACAGGAGAAAGGCCUUCUCAUAUUCCAAGCACUCAGCAAAGCUGUACGGCUCGACUAAUUUGAGAACAAAAUCGAGCUCUGCUCAGUCAUCAGCACACAAUUUUGUUGAGGAAGUCUCUGGUGGUAAUUUGAGCUAAAUUUUUGUUUCUUUUUACAACAUACCCAAAAGUGUGUUGUUUAUACAUCUUUUCCACUGGACACUGUAGUACAGCAAGCCUCCGGCUACUACAUCCUACGGCUACUAAUCCAAAUCUAUAACUAGCCUUAUCUUUGUAAACAACCUGUGUCAGUUUCUCCUCACAAAACAGUUUAUUUGAAAGCAGUUCUCUGAGGGUUGUGGGGUGGCAACAUCAUUUCCUAUGCAUCACUAACAGUAGCAACAAUACCAGAUCUACUUUUCCAUAUACACACAGAUGAGGGCUUACACACUUGAUGAAAUUAUCAGACACUACUAUUGAAAAUUGCUGUGCCUUACUGUCUGGGGGAAAAGGUGAUUCUAGUUAGCUAGUAUGUUUUUAGUGUUUUUUUUUUUUUUUUUUUUUUUUAAUGGUGGUUGUCUGACUGUGUGAUGACCAUAAUGUUUCUGUGAUGAUUCCUUUUGACUAAUCAGUCUGCAUUAUUUAUCGCUCCACUGGUAUGUCCCUGUUUGGUACCCUUUUAUGAAGGGUAACCAAAUUCAUCAUGGGCAUUUAUACUGCAAAAAAUGAUAUCAGGUGAAAAUAUCUUUAAUAUAGUGAAAUGUUUCUAGUAAAAUAUGUCUAGUAUGCCCUAUUAUAAGAUAAACCAAAUAUAAGAUUAUUAAACCUAUUUCCAGCUUUUUUUUUUUAACUCAUUUCAAGCUUUGUCCUAUUGGCAAAUAAAUUAGCUAUUUUUAAGCAUUUAUUUCUAGAAAGAAGCCAACUUAUUUGCCAAUAGAUUAAGAGCAUUUGAAACUUGAAAUUAGUAACAAAAGUCUAGAAAUAGGUUUAAUAAUCUUAUAUUUGGUUUUAAUGUAAUAUGAAAUACUAGAUGAAUCGACCUAUAUUUAAGAUAUUUUAAAGGGUUGUUUUUAUUUUUACACUGUAGUUACGGUACACUGCAAAAUGUAUGUUUUAGCAACUAAAACUAUCUUGAAUAUAUUCAAAUUCAACUAAUAUUUCUCUUUAUUAGAUCAAGAUUAUGAAUCCUGUUUCUAGAUGUUUCAAGUAAUUAUUCUAUUGACAGAUAAUUUAGCUUAUUCUAUGUGAUCAUUUCUAAAAGAAAGCAAAAUUAUUUAAGCUUAAAAUGAGUAAAUAUACCUACAUUUAUCUGCAGUGUAUAGCAAUGAAAAUCUUGGCAAAAUACAUGAUCCUGCAUUUGUUAUUGUACCAUGUAAUACAGAAGUGUCCAGUGGAAAAGUGCAAUUAGUUACAUAUUUUAUGGUCCUGUAAUAGUCUGUGGUUUUGUUUGUUUGUUUGUUUAUAGUAAAGUAAAGCUUAUAGCUUAUAGUAUUGUUGAACUAGACAUUAUCUUAAAGUUAGCACUUUUAAAAGGAUUAUUACCUUUCUAUUUUUUUUCCUUGCAACCAUGUAACUAACCUCUUGUUGUGUUGGUUAGAUGUUUAAAGGCUGGUUAUAAACUUUGAGUUCUUCCCAUAAAAACACAAUAAUUCCAUAUGAAUCAAAUCACACCCUUGCUGCUGCUGUCCUGACAAUCCUUCUUAGCGCUCACUGCUUUACGUAUUUAGAUAAUACAGUUAAAUGUAAAUAUAUCCAGCCUUAAUCCUUUUAUCAGCAAAUGUACAUUUCCAAAAAUCUGUGUAAAUAAGGGCUAGGUCUGGAUGGAAAUCAAGUAGCAAACCAGAACCCUAAAUCCAGAUGUACACCACACUCCGCAAAGCAUCACAGAUAUACUGGAAAUUUAUGACCAUAAAGAUUGCUGCUUGUGUCUUGGCUUGAUCUAAACUUGUAUGCAAAUGCUGUACUUCUUAGUGAAUAUGGUCCAUGCAGAAAUGUACACACUUAAAGCCCAAUGCUUAUUCAAUAACGUUAAUGGAAACAAACAGCUGCUAAGUGUGUUUGGUUACUGUGAGGGCUUAUUUUUUCCUUUAAAUGUGAGUGUGGUUCUUCUCAACUAACUGAGUCAUAUGAAAUAUCAUUUAAAGCAUGAUAUAAUCUACAAAACUAAGUCAUUUUAAAUAAAACUUGCAUGCUUAUAAUGACAAUAUUCAGUAAAUAGGUCAUCACUUACAAUCACAGAAUGGAAAAUGAAUGUAAACACUACUUGUGUUUUGUUAACUUUAAUAAACACAUUGUAUGCUCUUUAAUAUACAAGAUGAAUA